AUUUGUAUCGCCAUUUUAGCUGGGAAGAGAAUGGAAGCUCUCAACUCCAACACCAUCAGAAUGAACAGAUUUAGAAGGAAACCUACAAACAACCACAGAUCAAAGCAACUCCUCUUCAUCUCUCUCCUCGCAAUCUUCUUCGUUCUCCUCUUAUGCUUCUCCAACAAGUACACCAUCAACUCCCUUUUCCUUUCGAAUCCCCUAAAAAACACCCGAUUUUCCCAAUGUGUCAAACUGAACGAAGUUCAAUCCCUAAAGGGACAGAAAUUCCUUUGGUACGCACCACACAGCGGGUUCAGCAACCAGCUCUCCGAAUUCAAGAACGCCGUAUUAAUGUCGGCCAUACUUAACCGGACACUGAUUAUUCCUCCUGUUCUGGAUCACCACGCAGUUGUUCUAGGAAGUUGCCCAAAAUUUAGGGUUUCUGAUCCAAAAGAGCUGCGUUUUGCCGUCUGGAAUCAUGCGAUUGAGCUUAUUCAAAGCCGCAGAUAUGUAUCAAUGGCAGAUAUCAUUGAUCUUUCAUCAUUGGUCUCUGAUUCAGCACUUCAAGUUAUAGAUUUCCGUAACUUUGUAUCCCUAUUUUGUGACAUCGAUUUCAACUAUUUCUGUGUUAAAGAUUCAAGCAUCAUCCAAGAUUCCUUGCUGGAAAAACUAAGCCAAUGUGGAUCUCUGUUAUCCGGAUACAGUGGUGAUAAUAAUGAAUGUGUAUAUGCUGUAGAAGAAGAUUGCAGGACAACAGUUUGGACAUACCAAAGAAAUGGUGAAAAUGGGGUACUUGAUUCCUUCCAACCAGAUGAACAACUCAAAAAGAAAAAGAAGAUUUCAUUUGUCAGGCGAAGGAAAGAUGUCUAUAAUGCCCUUGGUCCUCAUUCAAGAGCCGAAUCAGCCACCAUUUUGUCAUUUGGUACUCUUUUUACAGCUCCAUAUAAAGGGUCCGAGUCAUAUAUUGAUAUACAUGAAGCUCCAAAUGAUAAAAAGAUACAAUCUUUAAUAACAAAGAUUGAGUUUCUUCCAUUUGUGCCUGAGAUUUUGGAUGCAGGGAAAGCAUAUGCUUUUCACACAGUGAAGUCACCUUUUCUAUGUGCACAGCUUAGACUAUUAGAUGGGCAGUUCAAGAACCAUUGGAAGGGUACCUUCGAGGGUUUAAAACAGAAAGUGGAUUCUUUGAGGGAAAAAGAGAGAUUGCCUGUUCAUAUCUUUGUAAUGACGGAUUUGCCCAUGAGUAACUGGAGUGGAACUUAUUUGGGGGAUUUAGCAAAUGAUUCGGAUUCUAUUAAGUUGUUUGUUCUUUCAGAGGAAGAUGAAUUGAUUAAAAAAACUGCCAUGAAAGUUGUGGAUAAGAAAGAUUGUGAUAUGAGGCCUCCUGAUAUUCUUCUACAUGUUGAAGAAAGUGUUUGUAGUUGUGCUUCACUUGGUUUUUUUGGGACAGCUGGCUCUACCAUUGCUGAUACCAUUGAAAUGAUGAGAAAGAAAGAAAUAUGUUCCAAGUAAUUCCAUGUAUUUGAUCAAUGGAGAUUACACAAACCUAGGAAGAUGGAUUUUAUGAUUUUUUGUAGACAUGUAAAUGAUGUAUAAUUUAUUUUAUUAAUAGGAAACUGAC